AUGGAUCUUGAUAGAGUCUUGCUUCUGCUCUCCCUACGAGAAGAUGACAAUUCUCACGAUGAUGAUCUCAUGGACAUCGAUAGCGAGCCUGGUACCCAUGAGCCUUUCAGUAUCGACGGAGAUCGAGAUACCGAAAACAUGGUGAAAAUUUCAAGCAGAGAUAGAAACGAGCAAAGGAAUAAGACGGAAGAAGUAUCUAUGUCAAAUGUUGAUGAGGACAGCGUAUCAGACGAGGUUCAGGAGCGACUGCUUGUCUUAAGUCUACUUAGCCCUACAUCGUUAGGGGCUCAGUAUGCGAUGAACCAGCGAAAAGACAGUCAUGAUGAUCAUGACUUAUCGUUUGAUCUUGCUCAAGAGUCUGCUCUACGAGAAAACCAUAAGACCACCUUCAGCUCGAGAAAAGUGUCGGACUUAUAUCAAAAGCCGUCGUACACUGUGGAGGAGCCAGAGCCAGAAUCAUCUACACCAGGCCUACAUCAGGAAACAACAAAUGUUUAUCGCGGAACCUUUCCCGUGCCCUUUCCCAUGCAUGUCCAUCAUCAUCACUACUACGGUGUAGAUCGGGCAAAGACCACCAGCUAUUAUGCUGUACCAAGCCUGAACGAAUAUGGACACCUUGAACUCAGUGCAAAACCUCAAGCAAUGGAUGUUGAUCAGCAUGUGCUUAGAGCUGAGCCUCAGUUGCACCUCUCAAGGGCACCACCUCAUCGCAUUCGAGAAUUGCCAUUGCCAUGGGACUCAGAGUCCUCUCCGGCGGAAAGAAACGCCUACGUGCUUUCAUCAUACUUGCAACUUGCCGUCAACACCAUCGUGUCUGCCUAUGCAUUACACAUCGUGUGGUCAAUUGUUGCAGCCAUCCGCAAGGACGUGUCCCACAAGCUUUCGCAACACGCCAACAACCUUCUCGUGGAAAUCGCCUCCUGUGAGCGUAGCUACAAGGAAAACAAAUGUCACCCGGACGAAAUCGUGCCGGCGUUAGAAAAAUGGUGUGCUUACUGGGAGCAAUGUAUGAAGCAAGAUCCCGAAAGAGGUGGGAACGUGAGUUCCCUUGGGGCUCAGACAAUUGGAAUGGUUAUUACCUCGCUCAUUGAGCCCUUGAGUUUCAAGACGCUAUCUGUGUUCGCUAGUGCUGUAUUGUUGGUGUAUGUGUAUAACUUUGGCUUCGGAUAUAUACGAGCCAGAACGUAUUACGGGGCUUAG